GAUGCCCAGCGUUUUUUUCACGCGCACGCAUCGUUUGGUGACAAUGGCAAAAUAACGCGCGCGCUCCCGCAGUGUAGCGACAAGAUGGCGGUCGCCGCCGGAUUAGGUAAAUGCGUUAAAGUUCCUCGUAAUUUCCGGCUCCUGGAGGAGCUGGAGGAAGGUCAGAAGGGGGUUGGAGACGGGACGGUGAGCUGGGGUCUGGAGGACGACGAGGACAUGACCCUGACCCGGUGGAGGGGAGUCAUCCUCGGCCCCCCAAGGACCAGCUACGAGAACAGGAUGUACAAUCUGAAGGUUGAAUGUGGGCCAGAAUACCCAGAAUCCCCUCCGUUUGUCAGAUUUGUGACCAAGAUCAACUUGAACGGCGUGCACACCUCCAACGGCGUGGUGGACAUGCACGCUGUGACGGCUCUGUCCAAGUGGCAGAACUCCUACAGCAUCCGGAUGGUUCUGCUGGAACUGCGACGCCUCAUGACCUGCAAGGAGAACAUGAAGCUGCCUCAGCCUCCGGAGGGCCAGAUCUACAGCAACUGAGACCCCCCCACCCCCCCUGCUUCCUCCAUUUGUUCCUCCCCCCCCUCUGUUAGCUCUCACCCCCUUACCAUGUCACUUCACACACACACAGAUCUGUAUACACAUAGAGCAAACAGACACACACACACACACACACACACACACACACACAGCAAACAGAUACAUAUACACACGUAGAGCAAACACACACACACACACACACACAUAUAUCAGUACACACACACACACACAUAUAUAUCAGUACACACACGCGUAUAUAUCAGUACACACACACACCGUUAUUGAGCGCCCCCCAUCACUGGAGCUGUGGGUGGACCCCCUCUGGCCCGCCUCACAUUUGACCCUUGAAUACUGUACAUGUUACUCACCUUUUUUUAUUAUUAUUUGUUAAAAAAUGCAGAUUGUACGAUAACAUAAAUAAUCUUAUUGAGUGUAA